AUGACCUCCAAAGACUGUGGCUCCCACACCCACUCUCGCCGGAAACUAAUCCGGCGAAUAAUAUGGUCAGUAAUCUUCAUCCUCUUCAUCAUCUUUCUCACAAUCCUUCUCGUCUGGGCCAUCCUCCAACCUUCAAAGCCACGUUUCAUCCUCCAAGACGCCACCGUCUACGCCUUCAACGUCUCCGGCAAUCCACCGAACCUCCUCACCUCCAACUUCCAAAUCACACUCUCUUCUCGAAACCCUAACGACAAGAUAGGCAUUUACUACGACCGCCUUGACGUCUACGCUACUUACCAUAGCCAACAGAUCACUUUCCGAACAUCAAUCCCUCCGACAUAUCAGGGACACAAAGAAGUCAACAUAUGGUCGCCGUUUGUCUACGGAACCUCCGUUCCCGUCGCUCCGUUCAACGCCGUUAGUCUUGACGGCGAUCGAGAUAACGGCGCAGUUACGUUGCUCAUCCGUGCUGACGGUAGAGUGAGGUGGAAAGUUGGGACGUUUAUUACAGGGAAGUAUCAUCUUUACGUGAGGUGUCUUGCGUAUAUUAACUUCGGUAAUAAAGCCGCCGGAGUUAUUGUCGGAGAUAACGCCGUUAAGUAUACGCUUACGAGUAGUUGUAGUGUUAGUGUCUGAUUAACGACUCCAUUAUAUGUUAUAGUUUUCUUAAUUAUCAUAAGUGAUGUGAAUUGUACAUUUUGCUUAUACGAUGGCAAAUAUUACAGAUCCGCGAUGUUGUUGUGAUGAGUUGUAAGAAUUUAAAUAUGAACACUUUUAAUAAUUAAAUCCUAAAUUUAUUUUUAAGUUAUUUUUUGAAAUAUAUAUAU